GAAGCGAGAGAGAGGCAGAGAGCUGUAAGGGAGGGUCGCUUUCAUGCGUUGUGGUUGUGGAUGGUGGUGGCCUAUAAAGGAUCUAAUCUAUCAAGGCAAUCCAGAGACAGACUACCUCCCUGGAACCAUAACCAAGUAUUCUAACUGCUGGCUAAGUAGUAAAAAUCUUAAAAGAACCGAAUGAGAGAGAGAUAGUAAAGAUAAAGUGAAAAGACUUGACCAUGUGAAAGAAAUGGUUAAAGAGAGAGUUGAAACCUAGAGCUGCCUAGCCCUUGAUUGAAGGAGGAGGGUAUUUUUUUUUUUUUGGGUUUGGGUAGUACGAAGAACAGCAGCAGAAGCAGAAGUAGCAGAUGCAGUGAUGAGAUCACAGAAAUCUUUAAUCUCUUUUCUGACCAAACACUGUUUCCUUAUUACUGGCACCAUCAUCCAUAGCUCUUCUUGUAGGUCAAGGAAAGAAUAGAGAAUUCACCUCUUUCCCUAUAGUACCUUAUAUAUUUACUGUUCUGUUCUAUUGCACAAUCCCCACCCUCCCCCUCCUUCCGGACCACCUUCUUUUUCCCUCUCCCUCCCUCUAGAAAAUAUGGAAGAGGUGCAAAAGAUUUCCCAAGAAGACCUCCUUUGAGAAAUUGGGUGUGUAAAGUGGUUUCUGGGUUUUCUAGGUCUAGGGGGUAUUGCCUAUAGAACCAUUUCUAUUAGCGCAUAGUACAUAAAGAGAGGCCCAAUUACCAAAAGCUGGGCACAGAGAGAGAGAGAGAGAGAGAGAGAGAGAGAAGGAAAGAGAUGGGUUAGGCUGCAAAUAGAGCUGGAGGGUUCUGGGUUAGUUUUCAGUUUUGGGUGGUGGCGUUGAGUGUGAUGGAAGUGGAAAUAUUGAAUGGCAGGGCCUUUUGGGAGAGGCAGCAGCAGAAGCAGGUAUCAGAGUGGUGGCAGCAGUUGCACAAGCAACAAGAAGAGAUUAGUAAGCAGAAGCAAAGACAGAGCAGUAAAGAAACAACCACCACUCACUAAAGAAAAGUGCCCUCCAUUAAAAGCUGGAACAUAAAAAGCGCAAGGGCCUGAGUCUGGAUCCUCAACGGAACGAUCGUCACCUUCACCAUUAUCAUCAACAUCAAGACAUCAUAACCCUAAAUUCAAGACAUGUAGAAGGAGGAGAAGGAGAGAGAGAGCAACAAGAACAAGAUCACCACCAAGCACAGAAACACCAUUACUACCAUCAUCAAUUACCCUUUCUUCUCCAACAAGAUCAAAACCAGCAUUUCUAUCAAAGAUUGGAUUUACAACAAUUACAAAACCCUCUUAACCCACCAAAGAAACGAUCUUACUUAUCAUCUUCUUCUUCUUAUUCAACCUUCCCGGAGCAGAGCAUCGAAUAUGCAAGAAAAAUGGGAGAGAGUCACCGCCAAGCAGCUACAUCGUCAAGACUGGGGACAAGGAACACGGGAGGCGAGAUAGUGGAGGUCCAAGGAGGCCACAUUGUUCGCUCCACCGGAAGAAAAGACCGCCACAGCAAGGUUUGCACAGCAAAAGGCCCCAGAGACCGCCGCGUCCGGCUUUCAGCACAUACUGCAAUCCAGUUCUACGACGUGCAGGACCGCCUUGGCUAUGACCGUCCCAGCAAGGCCGUAGAUUGGCUAAUCAAGAAAGCCAAGGCUGCCAUAGACGAGCUCGCCGAGCUACCUGCAUGGCAUCCUACUACUGCAACCACCACCGCCACCACUCAAACGAGCGCCCAACAGGAUCAGUCAAAUGAUGAGAGAGAUUAUCACCUUCCCAUGGAAAAUUUUGCUGUUCUUGGCGGUUCUGGCAGCGACUGUACUAGAACAGUAGCAGCAGCAACUACAACAACAGCAACAAUGGGAACUGAUAUUCAAAAUAUGGAGGAGCAGCAACGUCUAGCAGAAAAUCCUAACCUUAGCUCCAGUUUUCUGCCACCAUCACUAGACUCGGAUGCCAUUGCAGAUACAAUCAAGUCUUUUUUCCCAAUGGCUGCAUCGGCGGAGACAUCUUCCGCGCCAAUACAGUUUCAGAGCUAUCCACCAGAUUUGCUGUCAAGAACCAGUAGCCAGAGCCAAGAUCUGCGGCUGUCGCUGCAAUCAUUUCAAGAGCCAAUUCUUUUGCAGCAGCCACAUCAUGGUCAUGCUCAAAAUGAACAGCAAGUCUUGUUGUCUGGAACUGCCCAUCAUCUUGGCUUUGAUGUGUCUUCUGCUGGGUGGUCCGAGCACCACCAGCACCGUCCAGCAGAAAUCGGCAGAUUGCAGCGAAUGGUGGCCUGGAAUGCUGGUGGUGCAGCCGAUACUGGUAGUGGUGGAUUUAUCUUCAACCCAACACUGUCACAAACUGUGUUGUCGCCGCCACUGUUGCAGCCGUUUUUCGGCCAAAACCAGUUUUGUUCUCAGAGGGGACCCCUUCAGUCCAGUAACACGCCUUCAGUUCGUGCUUGGAUAGAUCCAGGAAUCACUUCCGAUCACCAUCACCACAAUCAAAUCCCACAAAUCCAUCAGCAACAAUCUUUGAUGUCAGGCGGAGGAUUUGCCGCGUCCGUUGAUGGAUUCUCUGGGUUCCGCGUUCCAGCACGAAUUCAGGGCGAAGAAGAGGAGCACGACGGCAUCCACAACAAGCCGUCCUCUGCUUCCUCUGAUUCUCGCCAUUGAUUGAGCGAAAAACCCAAAAAUCUUAUCUUUAAUAGGUCUGCUACAAGACAGCGAGGAACAUGGAUUCAAGACUAGUUUGGAGGAUAUAUUUUGGCCCAUUUGAAAUGGUUCAAUGGCAAAAACCAUGGGAAGAAAAAGAUCUGAGUGGAUUUUUCAGGUUUUUCGAUUCUGGGUUUGUUCUAGCUCUCUAUGGUAUUAUUCAGUUCUAGUGUUUGUUUCACGUUCAAUUUUGAGUGGGCUUUCAAAGCUCAACUACGUUUGAUCUCUGUGUUGGAUUGGGUGUAUGUGUUUAUGUUGCUAAUAGUGUUGUGUAUGUGAUGGAUGCUUUAUUGUUUUCCAUUCCAUUUCUAGAGUGAACUGAUAGAAGCAGAACUGCUUUGCUUUAAUGAAAGAUAGUCCUAUUUUUCCCUUA